UUUAUCGAUAAUUGUUAUAAAAAAAAUAGUUAAAGUUGCGGAUUUUUUGUGUUUGGCGGUGUGUGCGAAAGAGAGAUGGCAGCGGCAUAUGUUUAGCGUGUCCGGAAAAUGUUUACAGUUAGUCCGCCCCUUGCGUAAUUGAGCCCGCGUUGGUGUUGGUGGCCCCGUGCAUCCGUGUAAAUUGUCGCCGAUCCGGACGGAUUCUGCCGUGUUCAAAUCGAAAUUAUUGCAACGUAAUUGACAUUAGGUGUUAUCUCGACGCCGCCUUUAACUCACGCCCACCGCAUCGGCUAUAGCUACAGGCCCAGAAUCAGCUAGCAUUAUCUUCCGAUCCCGCAAUAACUAGGAAUUGAUAAAUACACCCGCGUGCGUUUGUGUGCGUGUGUAAUUCUGAUGUGCUAAACAGUCCGGCAAAUUCACGGAUCAAAAUAAGCGCUCGAACCGACGACUGUCUGACUGAUCGGCGACUGUAUAUAAUGAUCGUGGCAGAUCUGGCUGGGCAUUAAACCGAAUCGAGUAUCAGAGUCAGUAGCUUAAGUCCUAGGAGUGGAAGUACGAAAGAGCAAGUCAAGCCACAACAAUGGCGCGACAUAUUAUGGCUGUUUGUGUGGUGUGCCUGCUCUGCGCACACCGCCUCCACUGCCAGGAUCACAUCGAGAGUCUGCUAAGUCCGGCGCUGGCAAUGAGCCAGAGCCAGGAGCAGCUCAACGCCCGCGUCUACACGAACCUCAGUCCCUCCAGCGAAACCACCGAUCGGCGACAGCAGCGCUCCGUUUCUGGCGACGACGACACCCCCAAUUACAGCACCAGCCCGCCAUCGAGGAGACAAAAGCGGCACUCCGGCCACGACCAUGGCCACAGCUCCGAGUCCCGUCUCCCGCAGAUCACCCAGUACUAUCUCGAAAAGCUGAUGGUCCAGAACGAGCUGAUGAACAGCAGCGGAUUCGAUGGCCUGCUCCACCAGCUGAGCCUCCACUCGUUGGCCAGUGGGGCAAGUGAAGACACGUGUGUGGCCGCUAGUCGCCUAGUGCAUCAUGUCCAGCCUCACGAUCAUCAUCACAAUCAUGACGAGGAGGAUGAUCACAAAAAGCUUCAGGUGACCAACUGUACACUUAACCAGAAUAGUUCCAACGUCAUAUGUGCUCCACAAAUACAUACGCUAAGCGAGGGGGUUAAAAACUUUACGCUAAGUGAAAAGGACUUGCUUCACCUAUGUCCGAUUCUCCUUUAUGAGCUGAAAGCCCAGAGCGGCGGAUGCAUAGAGUCCGAAGUCUUGACCGAAAUCGACAGUUCGGAAAAGCUGCUGGAGGAGGAAAAGGACAAGGAUAUCUUCUACGUGUGGAUCUAUGCCUUUAUCUCUGUGUUUGCCUGCGGCAUCCUUGGUUUGGUGGGAGUGGCCAUCAUACCGUUUAUGGGUUCGCGGUACUACAAGUACAUCAUCCAGUAUCUGGUGUCGCUGGCCGUGGGUACGAUGACUGGCGAUGCCCUGCUGCACUUGAUGCCUCAUUCCCUGGCAGGCCAGGAUGAACGUGGCAUGAUUAUGAAGGGGCUUGGCUGCCUUGCCGGCAUUAUAUUUUUCUACGUCACGGAGCAUGCGCUCACAAUGAUCUCCGAGUGGCGCAAGAGCGUGGAGAAGAAGGAGACAAAGAAGCCGUCGCGGGCGAAGGUGAUGCGGGAUCCCGACUCGUCGGUGAACAACUCAGUGGCCGGGGACAAGAUCUGCAAGCAGAAGUACAGCUCGUAUCCGUACUGCUACGAUGAGAUCACCAUGAACAACAAGCAGAGCGAGUGGAUGCAUCUGCCGGGCGAUGGAGUAAACUCGGCAGCGGCGGGCGCUGGCGGAGAUGCUGCUUCCGCGUCGGAAGUACGCAACGGUGUGGGCGAUCACGACGGGUCCAGCGACAUGGCCGCUGCUGCCGAAUCGCUGCUCUCAACGCUGCACACGAAUUGCGUGGAGAUGAACCACCAUAAUCAUAACCACAAGCACAAUAGCCACCAGCAGAAAGACGAGGGCAUGGACAACAACACCAUUGUAACCGAUCUGGAUGGAAAUGCGGUGUACGCCUCGAACAGUGCGAAGGAUAAGGACAGCCGUAACGAUCAUGUGACCGUGAUUCUGCGGGAGCAUGAGUCCUCGCAUCACGGCCACAGCCAUCGUCAUGGACACGUCCACUCGCCGCCUGAAACGCUGAGCGCCGUGGCCUGGAUGAUCAUCAUGGGCGAUGGGCUGCACAAUUUUACGGAUGGCAUGGCCAUCGGAGCAGCCUUUGCGGAAAACAUUGCCGGCGGAUUCUCCACUUCGCUGGCUGUCUUCUGUCACGAACUGCCGCACGAGCUGGGCGAUUUUGCCAUUUUGAUGAAAGCCGGCAUGUCAGUGAAGUCGGCCGUCUACUACAACCUGUUGACGGGAGUCCUGAGUUUCAUUGGCAUGAUCUUUGGCAUUGCCUUUGGCCAGUCGCAGGAUGUUGCUCAGUGGAUGUUUGCCGUGGCAGCGGGUCUCUUCAUAUACAUUGCGUUAGUCGAUAUGAUGCCCGAGAUCUCUGCCUCGCACAAAUCUUUGGGACAGUUCCUGCUUCAGAUACUCGGCAUGCUGAGCGGAGUGGGGAUAAUGCUAGUGAUUGCCCUUUACGAGGGCGAUCUGAUGAGCGUGUUUGGCACGUCGGGAACCGCAUCUCACCAGCGCGUGCAUUAAUCACAUAACUGAAAUUGUAACCAACCGCAGCGAAUCUUGUAGCGUAUUAUGUGAAUUGCAGCGAAUCUUGUGUAUUAACUGCAUUUUUCCGCCAGGCCUAUAGGACCUCUUGAAUUAUUAUUUUUUGUAUAAUUUGAUUAGAUUGUUGUUUACCUUAGUCUAUGAAGUUACACAAAACCACAGACACAGCCGGUUGGCGCUUAUCAAACGCAUUUGUUAUCCAGUUUAUGAAACACACAACCUCACAACCACCCACACAAGCGACGCAGUUCAACCUUUCGUUUUAUAUUCGUUCCUAAUUUUGCUACUGAAAUGCGUCCGAAUCGAUUUCACAGCCGAUUAAAUGUAAGAUGUCUUGAAAUUGCUUAGGUUAUAAAGUGAUCUUGAAUUUAGAAGAAACCAAUUGAAAAGCAUGCCGAAAAUGUUGUUCUAAAACGACACACGAAAGAAAAAAUAACAGAAAAUGGGUGGACCUGGAUCCUGAAACCCAUUAAUUACUGAUCUUAUACACUGAAAGCAGAACCUAACAAUUACGAUAUAUAUAUAUAUAUAUAUAUAUAUUGUAGAAUAUGUAAACGUACAUAUAGUUUUUGUAUUUUGUAGUCUAGGGUGCGCACGUUUACUUUAUGCGAGUUUAACAUUCUAAACCCAGAAUUAAGAGAUGUCCACUGUUAUGAUUUCUGACAGUACUUAAUGACUUCAACGCAUAUAAUUUCCACUUAAGGAAACAUUCAAAACCAUUUAAGCUUAAUUUAUUAUCGUAUUUGUAAUGAAUUGAAAGAUUAUUACUCUGCACGCUCAUGCAUAAUUUAGUUAUUCGCUACCCCGUAGCGCCUUCGUUUAAUUAUGAUUUUGUAAUAAACAAAGCUAAAACAAAAGA